GAAAAGAACCAGGAUGUGUUCAGUGGGAAGAUGUAUACUACUUUUGUCAAGUCGGCACUCGAGGCCAUGGAUCAGAAUAACGACGCCACAGACCUAAGAACGCUUGCGUCUCAGUUGAACCUCCCUGUAACCCACCCAGAAUACAUCGCCCUUGAUGACCAAGCGAUAAUCAUCGCCACUUUGACAAACCACAUCACACUCUUGGACAAUGAACGAUGCACUGAUCUCAUCAAGGCGGUCCUCGGAAUGCGACUCUACCAGGUGAAGGAGCAGCCGGCAUUUCAACAGCGGUACACGCAGUUUCUCACGGUGUUGUGCUCGGGGAUCCCGAAGUGGUGGACAGAGGUUGCCGACAAGUUGAUCGGCGAGUUCAUCUCGUCCAACACCCAGGCGCACCACGAGGUGUUGCAGUUUCUCUUGCAUAGCACGCCGACCGCAACGACGGUAUUGCAGCCGCUAUUGGCGAAGAACUUUCCCCACAUCACCACGACAAAGAAGCAGAUCUGCGUCAAUUAUAUCCACAACAUCCUUGCGAUGGGCGGCUACUGCAGCGACUUGGUCUACAGCAGCUGGUGCUUGAUCAUGGAGAACCUCAUCAAGUUGGACGUCGCCCUUCAGAACGAGUUGGACGAACUAGAUGACGAUUUAGAUGACGUCGAGAUCGACGACUCAGGGGACGAGGCCGAUACUGACUCCGAGAGCGAGUCUGAGGACGAAGAGUCCGAGGACGAAGACAUGGAGAACGAAGAGUACAAUGCGGAGGUGACCACCAAUAUAUCCGACUUGUCUAGUAAGUUGGAUGCGGUCAUGUUCAAGUUGUUUGAAACCACCGGCCCGGCGUUUUCUCUCCACGAGUUGAACGAGGGCAACGGGGUGGUGCUCUUUAACACACUCGUCUCCUUGUUCAAGUCGCACGUCCUUCCGACCCAUUACACGCGUUCCAUCCAGUAUCUUUUGUUUCACGCAGCGCAGCAGCAACCAGAGUUGAUGGAUGCGUUUUUAGUGACCCUCAUCGACAUUGCUUUCUCCCAGAGCGAAACUAUCGAGCAGCGCAUCAAGGCAUUGCAGUAUAUCGCGUCGUUCAUCGCGCGCGCGGCGAAGCUCCUGCGCCAUCAGGUGGUGUUUGUAGUGUCCUAUCUCGUCGGCUGGUUGAACAAGUACGUGAUUGAACGCGAAAGUGAGGUCGGUGACGGUAGAGGUGGCAUGGAGCGCUUUAAGCUCUUUUUCUCCGCCUUUCAGUGCUUACUAUACAUUUUCUGUUUCAAGCACCAGCUUUUGCAUAAGGACGACAAGUUGGCCUCCGACGAUUCCGAUUGGGAGUGCUCGAUUGACCGCUUCUUCCAGCGGAUUAUCGUCACCAAGUUUAACCCUCUCAAGUACUGUAACGAAACCGUGGUGUUGAUCUUUGCCCGGAUCUCCCAGCAACAGAACGUCGCCUACUGCUUCUCUCUCAUCGAGCAGAACAAGCGCGAACGUCUCCUCGGGAUCAAGGGUGCGGCCGGCGGUGCCGGAGCGAAUGGCGCCUUUAUGUUGACCGCCAGACAGGAUUUCCUCGACUUGGAGGGCUACUUCCCGUUCGACCCGUUGAUUUUGAAAAAGUGCAAGGCCUUGAUCGCUGAGGAAUAUUAUGUGGACUGGUCUGAAGACGAGGACGAGGACGAG